AUGUCAGAUGUGAAAAGUGUCAUUUUGACAGCGAAAGUUGUGGCAUCUUGCGGAGACAAUGCCAACGUUAAUUUCGGAGGCGCGGCUAGGCGAGGAACUAACAAUGUGUUAACGAAAUUACAAUCAUCUCUGAAAAAUUCAUUUAUAGGUAUUGGAUGUGGAGCUCAUGUAAUUCACAAUGCCUUAAAAUCUGCUGCAGACAGGCUAUCCUUUGAUUACGUAAUUUAUUGUGAAGAUAUAUUCCUUUUUUAUAUUUACACGAUUCGAGCUGAAGCUCUAAAAGAGUUUUGGGCCGAACCUGAAACGGAAUAUCAACAAAUGCUCGGCUAUAGCAAAACCAGAUGGCUUGCUCUUAUGCCUGCCUUGGAAAGGGUUUUAAAAAUGUAUCAGCCAUUAAAAAACUACUUUUUGAGUAUUGAAAAAUGUCCCCUAUUACUGUUGUAA